AUGAAAAGUAAGGAUCAGCGACUGCGCUCUGCGUCAAUAUCUUUGGAAGUUGGUCCGACAUCGCGGCCAAAUUUCAAAUUAAGGUCCAUCAAUGACUUGCGUCGUCGCUCAUCAUCUCCAUUGGUAUGGUCGCCAUGGAGGCGUGCCGAUAGCGUCAUGGAGCGGAUAAUGAACCCAUUUCUAGAUCGAGAAUCACCGUCCCAUUACCUUAAUUAUAAGACUGCAUUGGCGCCGCCGCCAGAGCUGCAACUUGCUAAUGAUAAUACACCACUUUUAGAUCCAGCCGCUAAGCAAUCAACAGCCGCAGAGCUGCUGUACAAAAAGUCUUUGGCAUUUCAUGACGGACUCCACUCAACCUAUGUGGCAGAUUACCCAAAAGGUCUACAUGGCUUUUUUGUGUUGUUUGAAAGUCCGUUGCUACUGAUUGCAAUUGGCACGUUUGCUGGCAGCGUGGGACUUGCGAUUGACAUGUGGAGUGUCCAAGUCGCACGGUACCAUCAAUGGCUUGGCGAUCAAGCUUUUGCACUUUUCGUGCUAUCUGCAUGUCUAGCUGUCAGUUUUUCGGCAAUUUUAACACAUUGUUUGUGUCCACAAGCUGCAGGGUCCGGUUUGCCAUUUAUGAGAGUAGCUAUCUCGGGUAUAGACAUGAACGCUUAUCUAUCAUUUCGUUGUGUUGCUACCAAAAUAGUAGGACUCAUGGCUGCGUUGAGCGCAGGGCUGUCAAUUGGAAAAGAGGGUCCAUUUAUUAUGAUUUCUUGUGGAUUCGCCAGUGUGCUAAUGAACUGGCGCCCUUUUUAUCGCAUUCGUGACGAUGGAACAAAGCGGCUGGAGAUGUUGGCUUGCGCGUGUGCUGCUGGUGUGGCUGCUACAUUCGGGUCUCCAUUUGGUGGUGUGCUUUUCGGAGUUGAGGUGACAUCGCACUUUUACCUCGUUCAAACGUUGCCACGCUCGUUCUUCGCGGCAAUUGUUGGUGCCCUUGUGGUGAACUUUGGUACUGAAAAUACCCGAUACGGACUUUUUGGAAAUCGCAGUAUGGGCAUUUCCGCGGACACGGACGCAGUCAACGGGAGUGGUGGGGCCACAUACUUUGACCUCAUUGUCUUUUCGAUGAUAGGCAUGGUAUGUGGUCUUGGAGGCGCACUGUUUAAUCGUAGCCUGUCUGUGCUCGUGCGAGCACGCGAUGACUUUUUCAAGGAUUCAACUCUAAGGUCUCGUCGCACCUGGUGGGAUGCUCUUGGCAAGCGACUAGGACUUACACUCAUCGUCACAUUGCUUUCGUGUUGGCUUGAAUUUUAUGGUGACAAAGCCUGGUUUCUGCGGCAUGGGUCUCCUCGACGCAUCCUUGACGCACUUUUCUCAAAGGAAAAGCAAUUUUUUUCAGCUGAUGGAAUAAACAAUCCCGGCAGCUCAGCAAAUGAUAGUUUGUUGCUUUCAAGAUCUUUGUUGACAUUCCUACCGCUUAAAUUUAUACUAACGCUGGUCAGUAUCGUGCUGCCCGUACCGGCCGGUUUGUUCACCCCCACGUUUAUCAUUGGAGGCAUAUUUGGUCGUCUAGUCGGUGAAGCGGUACGUGCAUUCGGUCUGUGGCACACACGCUUUGAGCCGUUUGAGUUCGCAAUUAUCGGUGCUGGAGCCUUUUCUUCGGGCGUCACUCAUGCUGUCUCUACUGCCGCCAUUAUAAUGGAAAUUUCGCACACAGAUGGUUUGAAUCUUCCCGUGUCGGUGGCCAUUUUAGCGGCGUACUUUACAUCCAAACGAUUCAGCGAAAACGUGUACGAUGUGCUGAUCGCCACAAGCAACCUCCCUCGUCUAAAAAAGCUACCAAAAGCUGCUUAUGAUAUUCCAGCAUGGGAAGUGAUGAUGGAUGUCUCUGAGAUGGGUGUUCUCACUGCUGAUUCAACAUACGGAGACGCAUUAGCGCUGCUACAACGACCUGAAAUGGAGCCUGUGUUUCCAAUUGUGGAUUCGUUAGAUAAUUGCUAUUUGCUGGCCACAGUCACACGCUCUCGAUUGGCAUAUGCAAUUUCGCGCUGUCAACGGAUAGAUUUGACGACAAGAUCACUAUCACCCGCGACGGUUUGGCAAUGCGCGAAUAUUGAAACUGUACCGACGGCUGCAAGCUCGUUGACAAGAUCUAGGUCAACUGUUCCAAAAACUUUCCAAGCGCUUGGCUACAACCCUGUCUCGGAGCCAAUAGUCUUUGCUAUGUAUGGAGCAAUAGAUUCCUCGCCUUGCCAUGGCAGUGAAGAUUCCGACGAUCUUAAGGAGAGAGUCGAGGACGAUAUUGAUGAGCUGCCUAUGCAGCUGUUAACCACGCCAAUUCAUUUCGCAUUCAAGCGUGGUGGAAAAUGUAUGGAUUGGGGCACGAAUGAGGUAUGCGAACAGAGUAGAUUGACUGUGUUGAUCAAUCCAUCGCCAUUUCAACUGAUGGAGAUGACUCCGAUGCGCCGUGUCGACAUGCUCUUUCGGAUGCUGAAGCUUAACAACGUAUUUGUGUCGCGUUCUGGCAAGCUUAUGGGCGUGAUUAGCCUUGAGCGCAUGAUGACGUUUUUAGGCACCACAACUCCCUACCAAGCGCCGGGCUUACUACGCACGCUAAAGAACUUCUGCUCGUAG